GUUACUUAAGAAUUUUAUACACAUUGAACUUCCUUCACCCAACCAUCCGUUCCCUCUUCUUCUCUCCUAAUCCAACCCUCUCUCUUCCACUCUUCUUUCUUGUAUACUAAUCCCACUCUAUCCUCCCAACAGAAGAAGAUGCAUAUACUUGAUAAUAAUAUCUUAGAAGAUGACAGGAUUAGUGAAGGGAUUUUUGGCAAUCAACUCGAUGAUUGUUUGAAAGAUUUUCAAAUUGAUGUGUCGGACGAUUCUCUAAAAGAUUUCCUGCUCGACAUACCGGGUGAUUCUUUAGAUAAUUUUCUUUGGAUUCCAAAUGGUUUUGAACCGUCUCCCAACAAUGAUUCCUUCAGUUUUGAUGUUCUUCCACAGUCACCCAACAAUAACAAUGCAAGUCAGUUACAUGGGAAUGGGAAAACAAGCGAGAAUGAUGAUUUUGCCGGAGCUCUCGAGCUGUUUCGCUACAACAGACAUCUUCCUAGAAAAUCAAGGAGUAGACGUGUUGGGCGAGUUUGGUCUAUGAAAUCUCCAGUACCUCUGGGUGGAGGACCAGAAGUAUUGCCUGUGAAGAAGUGUUGUAGCCACUGCCAGGUGGAGAAAACACCACAGUGGCGACAAGGGCCGAGGGGUCCGAAAACGCUAUGCAAUGCAUGUGGGGUGCGUUACAAGUCAGGGCGAUUAGUGCCCGAGUAUAGACCGGCAGCGAGUCCGAGCUUUGUGAGUCACAUGCAUUCUAACAGCCAUAAAAAGAUUAUGAUGAUGAGGGAUAAAAGAAGGGAAUACUGAUUGGUUAUUCUUUGGCCUGGUAGCCUUAUUGAUUGGCUUUUUAGGAAAGUAUUAGCUUUUUUUGUUUUGUUUUUUUUUUUUAAAAUCUUUCAAAGGUUUUUAGUUUAGCUUAGGUUUUCUAGGAUGAUAGAAAUUUCUUUCUAUUCUGUUAAUAUUUGAAAUAGAUAACAUUUUCUCUAUUGAAUUGAAUGGGUUCAUUUUUA